UUCACAGGCUCUGAUCGCUCCAGCAGCUGCUGGACAGUUUUCUCAUGUUUAAGUCUUUAUUAUUUUCUUUGUGAAGAAUGAAGAGCAAAGAGGACAACAACAUUAAUUCUACAGUGAAUAUCAAAAAUGAAAAACCUUCUCCAGAAAGUCGAGCAGAAGAGGAAGCGUCAACACUUUAUCACUCUUGUCUGAUGCUGCUGUGUUUUCUGAUUUUUUCUGCCCUCAUAGCUGCAAGAAUUGUCAUCACCAUGCAGAUGAGCAGGAAGACGACCAUGCAGCAGACAGAAAUCAAUAACCUAAUCAAAGAAAAUGAGAAAGUGACUGAGGAAAAUAAAAUGAUGCAGAACAAAAACAAGGAGCUGAGCCGAGAGAGAGAUGACCUGAACAAGACUCUGGAAAUCAUCCAGACGUCUUUCAGCUUUCCUGUAAAAGACUACUAUUCUAACAAAGGGUGUAAACCGUGCCAGAAGAACUGGAUUCCCUUCCAGGAAAAAUGCUACUUUUUUUUCGAAGAACCAGCUCCUUGGAAAACCUGGACAGAAAGUAGAAAGUUCUGUCAGGACAAACAUGCAGAUUUGGUUGUUAUUGAUGAUCUGGAGGAGCAGAAAUUUGUCAGCAAUCACACCAAAUUCUACUAUGACAUUUUCCAUGGAUACUGGAUGGGAUUACAACAAACUAACAACACCUGGACCUGGGUUGAUGGACGAAGAGACACUCUUGGGUUCUGGACGAAGGAGGCGCACAGUAAACCAGAAGCAAGAGCACUGCUGAUCCCAUGGAGAAACCACACAGAGAACUGGGAGAGAGAAACAGGAGGUUUUCUCUGCAAAUUCAUCUGUGAGCACGAAGCUGUUAUUUGCUCCGUCUGACUGUUCAGGCAGGAAUACGGUUCAAACUGCCUGAGCUUUAACCUCCUGAAGCCUUUAGAUGUUUCUUCAGUAUUUCCACAUAAUGUUCUUUCCUCUAUUUUAUGAAGUUCACCUGCAGUAAACAGCCCCACAACAUAAUGCUGCCACCUCCAUGUUUCACAGUUGGGAUGGUGUUCUCAGGAUUGUAAGCUUCCAAAGGACAUGUCUCCUUCUAUGUGCAUCUGCAAACUUCAAUCUGUUUUUUAAUGUUUCUUUUAAAGUAAUAGCUUCUCCCUGGCAGAGUGUCCAGUUUUAAAAAUUGUUGGUGCAAACCUGAACUGGUCUCUGUUUGCUUGCUGUCGUUGAACUUGUUGCUGUGAUACUGAGCCACACCAGGUUGGUUCCAUAAACACGGAUCCACGUAACCAGGCAGCGCCAGCAGUCAUUGUAACCAGGCGCCAUUUCAAAGAAGACUCUUAAUUUAUAACGAGACAAAACGUGUCUCCAAAUAAGCUGAGUGAAGUUGCCGCGCCCCCAACUUCUUCAAAUCUGACAAGACUGGUGUCAAAUAUUCCUGCUGUGAAAGUUUUUGCUGUGCCGCUAUAAUUUUAAGGAUAUUAAUAGAGAAGUUGCCAGAGGUCAACAGAGGUCAUCAUCAAUAUCUUAAAAGCAAAAGCAGCACAAAUGUUUGCAGAGUUAAUUGACACCAAAUUUGUUUGAUUUUAUAAAUGUGAGCGGGGAGGUUGACCUCUGAUGACCUCUGGAAACUUUUUAUUAACAAAAUGAAAGCAGCACAAAGGAACAUUUUGCUGCACCAACAUUUGACACAUUAAUAUGUUAGAUUUGAAAACGGAGGGAGGAAAAGUUCACUCAGACUUCCAAAAACUGGGAUGUAAACUUGAUUGAUUGAUUGAUUGAUUGAUUGAUUGAUUGAUUGAUUGAUUGAUUGAUUGAUUGAUUGAUUGAUUGAUUGAUUGAUUGAUUGAUGUGGUGAGUAGAGUUCGGUCGUGGCUUUCUGCAUUUACGUAAGUAACUUUGUGAAAUAAAUGCUUUGCUACUCUGUG